UUACUUUUAAAACUUCCUCCCCUUAUAAAACACACAACAAACUCAACUUCUUACCUACAUUUCCCUCAAGUACUCUCUUUUUCUCCCUUUUAAUAACAUGGUUUCCCUAGAAGGUACUCUUAUAUCCGAAGAGCCAACGUCUAGUCCCCGAAUUUCCUUCUCUUCGGAAUUUCUUGAUGAGAGAAACUUCAUAUCCAUUACACCAAAUGCACAAGAAGAGAAAGAGCGAAAAGAUCAACAAGACAGAUCAACGCGUAGUGCAGCUGAAUUCGAGUUCCUCUCGAGUAAGUUAACCAAUGAAAACAUGAUCACAGCAGAUGAACUGUUCUUCGAGGGUAAGUUACGUCCUUAUUGGCAAAUGCAUUAUGCUGAGAAGCUCAACAAAAUUAGUUUAAAAGAUGACGACGAAAUAUUGAACAACACCAUAGUGAUAAAGAGCAAGGAAGAAACUACUACUAGACCAAUAAAUUGGUUUAUUGAUGAAGAUCCUUCACCUAGACCACCAAAAUGCACUGUUUUAUGGAAAGAGUUGCUAAGAUUGAAGCAAAAAAGAGCUUCUUCAUUAUCGCCUUCUUCUUCGACUUCUUCCUCUUCCUCUUCCUCUUCAUCUUCGAGUUCACUUGCUGAUAAAGAAAAAAGUAAAGGGCAAUCAAUGAAAGAGAAACAUGUGAAGAGGAUUAAGAAAGGAUUAGAGAGGUGUAAAUCAGAAACUUUAAGAGUUAGACCUGUGAUUCAUGUGCCAAUUUGUUCACAGGGGAAAAACUCUGCUCUGCCACCUCUGUUUUCACUUAAGAAAAAAGGAAGAGCAAUAGAGAGAUGAAAAAAUGAACUUUGUCAUUGUUGGUCAUUAUUGUGUAGAGAGAUGUUCUUACUAUUUGAUUUGGUUUUUCUUUCUUCUUUUCAUGAGUUUAGAUUACAUGUUUUCGUCGUAGGAUCUGAUGAUCAAUUUUACCUUACAAUGUUGAUGUGUUCAUUUCUUGUAAUGUAUCAUGUAAUGUGUAAGCUAAUUCUAUCUAGUUUCAAGAGUUAUUGUAAUCUAAACAUUUUUCUAGCUUUUGUCA